AAAGAAAAGGUAUAUUGUGAAUUGACCAUUCUAUCCUAUCCAACAUCCACUAUCACCCUAAUGAAAGUGGUCUGGAAAGCCAAUUUCCCGGUCUACUAUAAAUACCCUAACCAGACCGGUGGAAAUAAAAUAAAAGCACGCAGGCAUUUUUGGGUGGGUCUUCCGGUUGGGUCACCAGCUCAACUUGAAAUUGGAACCCUAGCGAGGGAGCCACUUCUCUCCGUCAGGGAUCAACAUAACCGACAUACCUCCGGUGAACAAAGCUUCCAGAUUGCCCGUCGAUUUUCAUUCCGUACACCGUAUUUGGACGCCAUGUCCGGCCUCCGCCGCUCUUCCAGUGUUCCACUUAAGAACGGCUUACCGCCAAAGGAACUCCUUGAUGAUCUCUGCAGUCGAUUUGUUUUGAAUGUGCCACAAGAAGAUCUACAAUCGUUUGAGAGAAUCUUAUUUCUUGUGGAGAAUGCACAUUGGUUUUAUGAGGACAAUUCAGUGGAGAGCAAUCCGUCUCUAAAGUCACUGAACUUGAAGGAGUUCACUUCUUUAAUGUUUAAUAGUUGUGAUGUUCUGAAGCCGUAUGUAGCUCACCUGGAUGAUAUAUUUAAAGACUUCACUUCCUACAAAGUUCGCGUUCCAGUGACUGGGGCAAUUAUUUUAGAUGAAACCUAUGAACGGUGCGUACUGGUGAAGGGAUGGAAAGGAUCGAGUUGGAGUUUUCCACGUGGUAAAAAGAACAAAGACGAAGAGGACCAUGCAUGCGCCAUCAGAGAAGUCCUGGAAGAAACAGGGUUUGAUAUUACAGCACUUAUUAACAAAGAUCAAUACAUUGAACUUAUUUUUGGACAGCAGAGAGUGCGACUUUAUAUAGUUGCUGGUGUGAAGGAUGAUACUGCUUUUGCACCACUCACGAAAAAAGAGAUCAGCGAAAUUGCAUGGCAGCGGCUUGAUGAUCUCUUGCCAGCAAGUGGUGAUGUUAUUUCUCGUGGCAACUCUGGCCUAAAACUAUAUAUGGUGGCCCCUUUUCUUGCAUCGCUUAAAUCUUGGAUUUUAGUACACCAGCCACCAAUAGCUCCAAAGUUUGACAUGCCUCUUAAAGCAAUCUCUGUGUGGAAAGCAAAACACAACUCAAUAGGGAGUAGCACAAUAGUUACAGAGACUCGAUCAACAAAAACUGAACCUGAUAAACCCCCUCCCGACUUAGGACCAGGCAAGAGCUUCAGAAACUUCAGGUUUGAUACUUCGUCAAUCUUACAAGCAAUGGAAACUGGUUUCUCUGCAUGAAUUCUAACACUGCUGCUCUGUAAAGUUGUUUCACUUGUUUUACUACUCACCAAUUAGUUCUUCCCGCAAUGUUUGACGGUGGCCCCCCUGUAUAGCGGUUCAAGAAUUCCAGUUUCGGGUUUUAAGUAAAUUCUGUACAGAAACCCUUGCUUACUUACUAUAUAGGCGCAUGCUUCUCCUUGUUCAUUCUUUGUUAUCGGGUGAGAUGGAUCGGAGAAAGAACUAGUGUAUGUUUUAAGUUUCAGUGUAGGAGCGUUUAGAUAGCUCUAGUGUAUUUGAUGAACUAGUGCUCAAACCUUUUUAUAUUCUACAAGUUAUUUAUUUAUGUAUUUUUUUCUUCUCAAGCA